AUGACAGAUGAGUGUGGCCCCAACAGCUACAAAAACUGCUCCAAUACAGCCCAUACUAACAGGCAAGAGGGAGUCUCUACAACUGAAAGCUCCGUCGGCAAUUCUGCUCGACAGCCUCUUAAUAUUCCUCUUGGCGAUAUUAUCAGGGAACAAGCAAUACAUCAAGGUGAACGUUCGUUGUAUGCUUCAUUUCUAACUCAACGAGAUGGUUAUGUGGCCUGGAUUCAAGCAAAUAUAAGCAUGCUUUCCGAUGAUCAGUCUCUUGCACUCUCUGAGACCGAGAGAAUGCUCAAUACUAUUUCACGUGGUCUGUCCGUAUUGUUCCUCCUCCCAGUUCAUUUUAAUGCCGAUAAGCGGCCUGGAGCUUGCUUUGGUAUUCGAGCCAAUAGAAUCUGUCAAGCAAUUCGCAAAACCAUCGAUAUUAUCAGGGGAUCGACCAGUUCUGAUCCAAAAAUAGGCAAGCUUCUACACAUAAUCAGUUUACAAAUUGGGCGAUUAACCCUUGAUGGAUAUGGUGAAUCUGACGACAACGCUAUCCGCUUUAACAAUGAGGCCAAUGAAUAUGACAAUCUUUUACGGUCAAGUGUUCCUCCUUCCAGGGCGCCCCAGAUCAGAGAGUGUAUUAUUCACCAAGUCUGGGAGCUGAUGACACGCGCGACAUCAUUUUGCGACUGUCGCCAGUGCUACCAGGGAAGGAUUUCCAGUGAUUUACGAUGA